CUAGUAUCACUGCAGAGACGACCGAACUCCUAUUGCUGGCGACUGACUGAUAUCCAUGUUUUAAUGAUGGCUUGGAAAAAGGAGGGCUGAUGAGACCCCACGAAUUGUCACCCUUUUUUUGGACUCCCUUCGUGGAAUCUAUUAAAACGACAGAUUUAACCCUCUGAGAUAACCUUUAUAUAUUAUUUGUAAUUAUCUGUUGCUACCUACUACCGGCGUGGAUUGUCUUCUUCAAACCCGUCACCACUACCGUUUAUUUUUUAUAAUACUAGCUUGGUACAAUUUAUUAGCAGCAAGUGGUGCUGUGCUAUAUUUCUUGGGUAGGGCCCGGAUGUUUCGAGGAUGCACUGCUUUUUUUCCUUAGGAGGCAGUGGUAAGGAACCGUGUCUGGUGUUUGACUCAGUUAUGGGGAUCAGGUAAUAUUAACCACAAUAGUACAGAGGAGGAGUAUCUCAAGCUCUUUAUUUUUUAUUUUUUGUUUAUUUUGUACAACACUCGCUUGUACACAUUCAGCAACGAAUACACUGGACUAUUUUUUAUGGUCAACGAAAGCAAGAAGAUGUACAUUCCAGAGGAAAACCAUCAAGGCUCCAACUACUCAAGCCCAUGUCCGGACCCUGCCACCCUGAACGCACAUGGAGAGGUAGGCUUGGCGCCAGAGCACAUCCCAACGCCAGGAGCGGCCCUCACCUGGCAGGCUGCCAUUGAUGCAGCUCGCCAGGCCAAGUUGAUGGGCACCAACGCCCCCAUAUCCACUGUCAGCUCCACCCAGCGCAAGCGUCAGAACUACAGCAAGCAGAAGAAGCAGGGCACCGCCACCACCACGCGCCCCCCUCGCGCCCUGCUCUGCCUCACGCUCAAGAACCCCAUCCGUAGAGCCUGCAUCAGCAUCGUUGAGUGGAAAUCCUUUGAAAUAAUAAUUUUGCUGACUAUUUUUGCUAACUGCGUGGCCUUAGCUGUCUACAUCCCUUUCCCAGAGGAUGACUCCAACGCCACCAACUCCAAUCUGGAACGGGUGGAAUAUCUCUUCCUCAUCAUUUUCACAGUGGAAGCAUUUUUAAAAGUAAUGGCCUAUGGACUUCUGUUUCACCCCAAUGGGUACCUCCGCAACGGAUGGAAUUUACUAGAUUUUAUUAUCGUGGUGGUAGGGCUUUUCAGCGCUAUUUUAGAACAAGCAACGAAAGCAGAGGGGACGAACUCGAUAGGCGGAAAGGCGGCAGGAUUCGAUGUGAAAGCUCUCCGGGCCUUCCGAGUCCUGCGUCCUUUGAGACUGGUGUCCGGCGUUCCCAGUCUUCAAGUAGUAUUGAACUCCAUCAUUAAGGCCAUGGUGCCCCUACUGCACAUCGCCUUGCUGGUGCUGUUUGUAAUCAUCAUCUACGCCAUCAUAGGACUGGAACUUUUCAUGGGCAAAAUGCACAGGACCUGCAUGUUCUUCAGAGACGGCCUAACAGGAAUGGUUGCAGAGGAGAAGCCGGCCCCCUGUGCCCCGGACACAGCGCACGGGCGGCACUGUAAAAACACCACAAAAUGCGAGAUGGGCUGGGAGGGGCCCAACGACGGCAUCAGCAACUUCGAUAACUUCGCCUUCGCCAUGCUCACCGUCUUUCAGUGCAUCACCAUGGAGGGCUGGACCGACGUGCUCUACGACAUGCAGGACGCUAUGGGCUAUGAGCUCCCUUGGGUCUAUUUUGUCAGUCUGGUUAUCUUCGGAUCCUUUUUCGUUCUAAAUCUGGUUCUGGGGGUGUUGAGCGGAGAGUUCUCGAAGGAGCGUGAGAAGGCCAAGGCGCGCGGAGACUUCCAGAAGCUGAGAGAGAAGCAGCAGCUGGAGGAGGAUCUGAAAGGGUACCUGGACUGGAUCACCCAGGCAGAGGACAUCGACCCUGAGAACGAGGAAGAGGGGCUGGAUGAGGAGAAACCACGCAACCUGAGCAUGCCAACCAGUGAAAAUGAAUCUGUGAAUGCAGACAGGGGAGCAGCAGGGGAACUGGAAGGAGAAAACUGUUACACUCGCCUUGCAAAUAGGAUCUCCAAAUCCAAGUUCAGUCGGUACUCGCGGAGGUGGAACCGGUUUUGCCGGAGGAAGUGCCGUGCGGCUGUGAAGUCCAACGUGUUCUACUGGCUGGUGAUCUUCCUGGUGUUCCUCAACACUCUGACCAUCGCCUCUGAGCACCACAAUCAAGUCGACUGGCUCACCGAGGUUCAAGACACUGCCAACAAGGUCAUGCUGGUCCUGUUCACAGCGGAGAUGUUGCUCAAGAUGUACAGCCUGGGCCUGCAGGCCUACUUCGUGUCGCUGUUCAAUCGCUUUGACUGCUUCAUCGUGUGUGGGGGCAUCCUGGAGACCAUCCUGGUGGAGACCAAGGUCAUGUCUCCGCUGGGCAUCUCGGUGCUGCGCUGUGUGCGGCUGCUCAGGAUCUUCAAGAUCACCCGGUACUGGAAUUCCCUGAGUAACCUGGUGGCAUCCCUGCUGAACUCAGUGCGCUCCAUCGCCUCUCUCCUCCUCCUGCUCUUCCUCUUUAUCAUCAUCUUCUCCCUGCUCGGCAUGCAGCUGUUCGGGGGCAAGUUCAACUUCGAUGAGAUGGAGACCCGGAGGAGCACCUUCGACAACUUCCCCCAGUCCCUGCUCACUGUCUUUCAGAUCCUGACUGGAGAAGACUGGAACUCUGUGAUGCACGAUGGAAUCAUGGCCUAUGGAGGACCCUCUUUCCCUGGAAUGCUGGUCUGCAUUUACUUCAUCAUCCUGUUCAUCUGCGGAAACUAUAUCCUGCUGAAUGUCUUUUUGGCCAUCGCUGUGGAUAACCUGGCAGAUGCCGAGAGUCUGACAUCAGCCCAGAAGGAGGAGGAGGAGGAGAAGGAGAGGAAGAAACUGGCCAGGACUGCCAGUCCGGAGAAACAUCCUGACAAUGAGAAGCAACCGAUUGAAGAGGAGAAAAAAGAAGAGAAAAUCGAGCUGAAAUCGAUCACAGUCGACGGAGAGACGCCACCCGCAACCAAGAUCACUAUUGCUGAAUUCCCAGUGGAUGACAAUGAAGAGAAGAAUCCGUACCCUGCCAAUGACUUCCCAGGUGAUGAUGAAGAGGAGGAGCCCGAGAUGCCCAUGGGCCCACGGCCCCGUCCGCUCUCUGAGGUGCAUCUGAAGGAGAAGGCCGUCCCCAUGCCAGAGGCCCGGGCCUUCUUUGUCUUCAGCCACACUAACAAGUUCCGGAUCUCCUGCCACAAGAUAGUGAACCACAACAUCUUCACCAACCUCAUCCUCUUCCUCAUCCUGCUCAGCAGCAUCUCCCUGGCAGCUGAGGACCCUGUGCGGAACGACUCCUUCAGGAACAAGAUCCUGGGAUAUGCCGACUAUGUCUUCACUGGCAUCUUCACGAUAGAGAUCAUCCUGAAGAUGACUGCCUAUGGAGCUUUCCUCCACAAGGGAUCCUUCUGUCGGAACUACUUCAACAUCCUGGACCUGGUAGUAGUCAGCGUGUCUCUCAUCUCCUCCGGCAUUCAGUCCAGUGCCAUUAACGUGGUGAAGAUUCUGAGAGUCCUGAGGGUGCUGAGACCUCUGAGAGCUAUCAACAGAGCCAAGGGGUUGAAGCAUGUGGUCCAGUGUGUGUUUGUGGCUAUACGGACCAUUGGAAACAUCGUCAUCGUCACCAGUCUGCUGCAGUUCAUGUUUGCCUGUAUUGGCGUCCAGCUAUUCAAGGGGAAGUUCUACUCUUGCUCAGAUGGGUCAAAGCAGACAGAGGCAGAAUGCAGAGGAUACUACAUUGUGUACAAAGACGGGGAUGUGAGCAUGCCGGACAAAGCAGAGCGCAAGUGGGAAAACAGCAACUUCAACUUCGAUAACGUACCGACUGGGAUGCUAGCUCUCUUCACCGUCUCCACCUUUGAGGGCUGGCCGGGUCUGCUCUACAGAGCCAUUGACUCCCAUUCGGAGGACGUGGGGCCUAUCUACAACUACCGUGUGGCGAUCUCCAUCUUCUUCAUCAUCUACAUCAUCAUCAUCGCCUUCUUCAUGAUGAACAUCUUCGUGGGCUUCGUCAUCGUCACCUUCCAGGAGCAGGGAGAGCAGGAGUACAAGAACUGUGAGCUGGACAAGAACCAGCGCCAGUGUGUGGAAUACGCCCUGAAGGCCCGUCCCCUGCGGCGCUACAUUCCCAAGAACCCCUACCAGUACAAGGUGUGGUACGUCGUCAACUCCACCUACUUCGAGUACCUCAUGUUCGUCCUCAUCCUCCUCAACACCAUCUGCCUGGCCAUGCAGCAUCAUGGCCAGUCUAUGUCCUUCAACAAUGCCAUGAAUGUGCUCAACAUGCUGUUCACUGGGCUCUUCACCGUGGAGAUGAUCCUCAAACUCAUCGCCUUCAAGCCACGGGGUUACUUUAGUGAUCCAUGGAAUGUAUUUGACUUCCUGAUCGUUAUUGGCAGCAUAAUAGACGUCAUACUGAGUGAAAUCAAUCCAGCUGACUCCGCCUCAUCUUCCCACUCCUCCAUGGUAAGACCAAUGGGGCUGCAGAACACCGAAGACAACUCCCGGAUCUCCAUCACCUUCUUCCGGCUCUUCCGGGUCAUGAGACUGGUGAAGCUGCUGUCCCGGGGAGAAGGAAUACGGACCCUGCUGUGGACCUUCAUCAAGUCUUUCCAGGCCCUGCCAUAUGUAGCUCUCCUCAUAGUGAUGCUUUUUUUCAUCUAUGCUGUGAUUGGGAUGCAGAUGUUUGGUAAGAUUGCGCUAAGGGACAACAGUACUAUUAACAGAAACAACAACUUCCAAACCUUCCCCCAGGCUGUGCUGCUGCUCUUCAGGUGUGCCACAGGAGAGGCCUGGCAGGAGAUCAUGCUGGCCUGUAAGCCCCCACGUCCUUGUGAGAGCGGCUCGGAGCCGGGACACAGCAGCGAGGAAGAGAACUGCGGCAGCCACUUUGCCAUCUUCUACUUCGUCAGCUUCUACAUGCUCUGCGCCUUCUUGAUCAUUAACCUCUUCGUGGCUGUCAUCAUGGACAACUUUGACUACCUGACGAGAGACUGGUCAAUCCUCGGACCCCACCACCUAGACGAGUUCAAGAGGAUCUGGGCUGAAUACGACCCGGAAGCAAAGGGAAGGAUAAAACACUUGGAUGUGGUGACUCUGCUGCGGAGAAUCCAGCCCCCCUUGGGUUUUGGGAAGCUGUGUCCUCACAGAGUCGCCUGCAAGCGGCUGGUCUCCAUGAACAUGCCUCUCAACAGUGACGGCACGGUCAUGUUUAACGCCACUCUCUUUGCUUUGGUACGAACUGCACUGCGGAUAAAAACUGAAGGUAACUUGGACCAGGCAAAUGAGGAGCUCAGAGCAAUCAUUAAGAAAAUCUGGAAAAGGACCAGCAUGAAGCUCCUGGAUCAAGUGGUGCCACCAGCGGGAGAUGAUGAAGUCACGGUUGGGAAGUUUUAUGCCACCUUCCUGAUCCAGGAGUAUUUCCGAAAGUUUAAGAAGCGUAAGGAGCAGGGGCUGGUCGGGAAACCUACUCAGAAAAAUUCUCUGUCCUUGCAGGCUGGCCUACGCACUCUGCAUGACAUCGGGCCGGAGAUCCGCAGAGCGAUAUCAGGAGAUCUGACAGUGGAGGAGGAGCUCGAGAAGGCCAUGAAGGAGACUGUGAUGGCUGCAUCAGAGGACGAUAUCUCCAGGAGAGUUGGCGGCUUGUUUGGUAACCAUGUCAACUAUUACCAGAGCGAUGGACGAAACACCUUCCCACAAUCCUUCACUACCCAGCGGCCCUUGCACAUCAGCAAGGAAGGGUGCAGCCCAGGAGACUUGGAAUCUCCAUCCAACGAGAAGCUGCUCGACUCCACCUUCACCCCAAGCAGCUACUCCUUAUCAGGCUCCAACGCCAACAUCAACAAUGCCAACAACACAGCUAUCGGGGGCUUCCCCAACCCCACCACCUACCAGAGCAGCGUCACCACCGUGGAUGGGCCAGGCGCCCCCCUGACAGCCAGCUUGCGGGCAGCGGCCUGGCAGCUCAGCUCCAAGAGGACACGUUAUGAAACCCUUGCAGGCUCUGACUCCGGAGACAGCCGUCUGCCCAUCAUCCGCCGGGAAGAGGCGUCUCCCGAUGAGACGUACGACGAGAACUUCAACGACAACGCUGUGUACUUCAGAGAGCAGAGCAUGCUGUCCACCGAGAUGCUGGCAUACGAAGAUGAGGAGAACAAACAGCUAACUCCUAUGGAGCAGGGUGACAGGAAGGAGAAUGCGAAGGACUGGCAGUCCCCGACAAGAGCCUUCCUGUGCCCAAAAGCACUAGGGAGAAGAUCGUCCUUUCAUCUGGAGUAUUUAAAGAGACAGAGGAGCCACGCAACAGAUGUGUCUCAAAACACUGCCCUACCCCUUCAUCUUGUACAUCAUCAGGCCUUAGCGGUGGCAGGACUCAGCCCCCUACUGCGCAGGAGCCACUCCCCCACGCUGUUCAGCCGUCUGUGCUCCACGCCACCCGCCACGCCCUGCACCCGAGGCCACUCCUACCAGCGCGUGCCCACCCUGCGACUGGAGGACACCAACUCCCACGAGAAGCUCAACAGCAGCCUGCCCUCGGUGAACUGCGGCUCCUGGUUUGCAGACAGCGCUAAUGGCAACCCGCAGCGGGUACGGCCAGUCUCACUCUCCGUGCCCAGCCAGUGCAGGGACUCAGCACUGCAGAGCCACGGCAGCGCGUGCAGCCUGGUCGAGGCGGUUCUGAUCUCAGAAGGACUGGGUCGGUACGCCCAUGACCCCACCCUCAUCGAGGUGACCAAGCAGGAGAUAGCUGACGCCUGUGACAUGACGAUAGAGGAGAUGGAGACCGCUGCUGACAGCAUCCUCAACAGGAACAGCCAGCCCAGCCCAAACGGCAACCUCCUGCCCUUCAUCACCUGCAGGGACCAGGGAGCUCAGGGGGAGCAGAGCGGACUGGAGGAGGAAGAGCAGGGGGAGCAGCGAGACUGUGGGGUAUCCGAGGAGGGCCUCAAGGACGACAUGGUUUGUGACAGCAGGCUGUAGAGAGAGGGCUUCAAGUGGCUCGGGUCUUCUCUAUUUUUCCUCUGCUUUUUUAUGUUAUGGGUUUGUUUCAGAAGUGCCUCACAGUUGUUGUGCUCUUGAAGGUGGAGAGGGGGAGGGCUGACUGAGGGGGGAGGAGGAGACAAUGGAAUGUCUGGUUUAUUUAUUUUUUUGUCAAUGAGGAAGGUACCAAAUCAGCUCUUGGAGAGUUCAGGAGUUUGUUUUUUGGCUGAGGUGCCACUUCUGGAAGCUGCACAUUCUGUACGAGAACCUCCUUUUCCUUCAGAGCUGCAGCAGAAUAGACACUUUCAACAGAUUAAAAGAAAAAAAAAACAAUGGAAGAUUCAGCCCCCCCCCCCUUCCUCCCAGCACCGUAUCAAAUAAAGUUCCUCGGAAGAGGGGGUAAGGGGCUGCUGCCUCCUGCUUUCUGAAUCACUCCCCUUUGCUGUUUCUAAGGCAACACACCCUUUGUCGGGAGGGGCCUACCAAGUCAAAAGGGACAGCUUGUUGUGCUGCCAAAUACCUCGACUUUAAUCAUUUUCUAUUUUAGUUUGUUCUCUUUUGUUUUGUGAAAUCAGCCUUUGCAGCCAACUGAGUGACAGGAGAAGUUGGGAAGGGGUAAGGAGAGGGGUGGGGAGUGGAGGUGAAGCUGUAUGAUUGGCCUGAAUCGAUGCUGCAAGCCCAUGUGAUUGGAGAAUGUAUGGUCUUACCAGCCAAUCGGGGCAUGCAGCCAGACUUGCAUAACAUUAAACAAUAGAUUUUUUUUUGUUUAUAGAUAUGUGUGUGUGUGUACAGACUGGUUGGCAAUACCAUCUUUGCAAGUUAUCUGUAUCAGUUUUCUAUUUUUGUUUGUUUUAACGUCAACGCUGCUUUGUUCUAUAAACAGUAAUUUUUCAUUUAGUUCAUAGUUAAAAAGUGUCACACUUAUUAGAACGGAAAACUAAGAGAAGUUUACUUAAGAGCUUUCCACUCGCCCCCGUCCCAGAAGACUUGCACCAUGUAGCUAGUAUUGUGUGUUUGAACAAAGUCAAACCCUAUUAUAAAACUAAUGUGCCAUAUUUGCAGUUUGUGGCAUGUAUGAUUGUGUGAGAGUUCAGCUGUAAACUCAUUCUGUAUGUACACGUGUGUGUGCGUUUGGUGUGCGUGUGCAUGCAUGAGGUUGUAAGGGUGUGUGUGUACGUUCCACAAGAUAUGCAAAAACAAUGCAAUAACAUUUGGGACUGUAUACAAGUCUCAAAAAAUCAACUGUAUAAAAAAAUGAAAAAGAAAACUAUUAUAGAUAAUAUAUUCUCAGAGUAAUUGUUUUAUUGAGUUGCAAAUCUUUUCAUUGAAAAACCUGUUAUACUUGAAAUCAGGUGUGUUUCAGUAUUUUUAAAAAAUGAUCUUGUGCCAAGCAAUUCUUUUUCUUAUAAUUACUGAAUAUUAUUAAUAUUAUAGUUAUGUUUAUUUAACUCACUAGUUGUAUAUUUCAUGCAUGAGAUUCAUUUUAGUAUUUUAGUGUGCCAAGUUAUACCUUUGAACGUUUAAGUGAUUUUGUCCGUUAUGGGGAGAGAAAUAAAGAAGGGUCUUUUUUGGAGGGUUUCAACACUAUGGACAUAUUUUAUAUAAACUGAUUUUGCAUAUCUUGUGUUCAUCUAGUUUCUGUCUUCUAGAACUCUUCAACUCAUUAGAAUGUCCUUGCUGUAGAUCAAGGACAGGGUGUCCAUUUUGGUAUGGGGUUGAAGGGGUCAGGCUGGAGGAAGGACAGCUACACGGGCGUCUGCUUGCCGUACCUCCAAUCGCUCUGCUGGCAGACCAGGGAUUAUAAAUAUUAAGUCUAUGGGCUGAAUUUUGAUCAGGAGAAGAGCAGACUCUUAUACCAUCUACACCACUCUCAGCAGUCCAGCUGUCUUCCAGGUUUGCUUUUGUCUGGCUGGGACAGCAUCUGUGUUGACCUGCAUUUAAAGAGCCAGUGCAUACAGCUGUAGAUAUUUCCAUCAUUAAUUAAUCAUUAAUUAAUUAAUGUCACAAUUUACUCACCAGAAAUACAGUUGGAAAACAAAUUACCUUUUAAAACUGAAUCUAAAUUAUUUCAAAUAGGGUGAUUUUAUUUCAAAACGAAAAAUCAAUGUACUACUUACGGUUCCAAAAAAAAUAAAUUGAACAGUAGUUUUGUCAAAGUCUUGUGUGCUGGUCCAUUUAAAUACAGGUCAACACAGAAGCCGUUUAGCCAGACAAACGCAAACUUGGAAGAUUCCAGCUUUGCUGGGUUCUACUGAGAGUGCUGUUCAUGGUAUUAGUGCUCAUGUGGAGUCUUGUUCGAUCUUCAGAAUUUGGCCCUAUAGAUUCUAAAAAGGAAGUCAAUCAGAUACUGAAAUUGAGGGCCUCACCAUGGGCUCUCAUAAUUGGCAGCUCAUCAGUAGUGUCUACGAGGGUCCAGGCAUUAUGUAUAUAAUAGCCUUGUUUAAGCCAGGGUUACUGUACUUCUCCCAUUGUAUCUCUCUCUUGUGUAGGAUUCUUUUGUGUUUUGUUCGGCCAUCGUUAUUUGUAUCCUUUGUGCUUUAUCCAUCAUGAUACAAACAAUUGUACAAAACCUGAAAGUGUAGACAAAUGCUCCCACAAGAAUUCUAAUGUUUGUCUGAUUUUAUGACUGCUGUAUUCUUUGUACUGUGUCCAGUGAGAGAAGACUACUGACUGGUGCCUGAUCUCCUUUGAUCUGCCUGCACUUUGUAUCUGAAGAGUGAUGAGGCUCUCUGUUUAUACAAGGUGCCAGACAGUGCCCUUGAGUGCAUGAACUAUUCCUGGUGACGAGUUCAAGGAUGGAUUUUAGAAUAAGGGCCUCAGCUUUUUAGCCAUACAUUGUUAUUUUCAAUGAAAAUAAUUUAGCAGUUCAAGGGAGUUUAGUAGCCCAUUCAAAUAUAGAGAGAAGAAUAAAUGUAUUUGUAAUUGAAGCAGAAAAUAAAAUAGAGAAUCACACAGAACGCACAAAACGGAAUGACUGAAAACGUACAAUCCUUUUCGGAACUUUAAGUGAACAGUUUCUGCUUAUUAUUAGUUGCUUAACAAAGCUCCAAGAACGUGUUGGAAGAGCAACUUGGUACCAGUCUGAAAUAUCACAGCGAUCUUAACGAAUGUGUUCUUCCUGUUGUUUAGAUUAUUUAGGGUCUGUUUCAGUUAUCACAUCCCAAUGACUUUUUAAAAAUACAAUUUAAAGCACCCCUCCUGCCUCAGAGUCUAAUCUUCAAGUACAUUUGGUACACCAGAGUACAAACAUUAACAUUACCCACUACAACACUCUGCCCCUAGUUGAGUUAGGAAAUACACAUUCAUUCUAAGUGGUAUUUAUUACUGAAGUAUUUAUUUCAUCUACCAGGGGAGUGUUGCAGGGGGAGAGGUUACUGGUUACACUGCUUAUGUUGGAUGCGAUGUAACAGGACGUUUUAUUCGAAGUGAGUCAAAGUAAUAAGCAGAAUAUGUUAGUUACUGAUAUUUCAAGCCCAGACCGAGAUUCCUCUAUAGCAAAGUUUUAGUCAUCACAGUCCCAACGCACAGCAUCCUGUGCAAAAGCAUUCUUAUACCUGAUUUUCCUGUCGCUCCCCUUCACCCUCCCGUCGAGGUGUUCUGGGUGCAGGAUGUAAUUCAAACUCUGCUGAACUGUUCACCGCAAUAGACUUCAGAAAUGCGCUCUGAUGUUCUUCAGGUGACAACAGCCAUUCUAUUUUUGAGCGCAGCCUUUUUUUGGGUAAUGGGGACAGGUUUAAGUAGUUUUGACAAUUAUAAAUAUAUGUAUUCUGGGCUCAUUUAUAAAGCUUUUGAUUGUAUAUUUUUAUAUGAAAUUUUAAAGCAGUGAUCACCAAGGCUUAAAAAUAGAUUUUCUUACCACUUGUUAGAAUUAU